UAUUGCUGUCCUUAACACCUUUUCCAUAUGAGCUGUUGCGAAGUCAUAGGAACGAUCGAAGCUGAAUCCUCCAUAAUGGCUGGUCAUCACAAGGCAUUUCUAGAUUAAAUGUCCAUCCUACCAAUAACUUGAGAGGGAACCUGUGAAAUUGUCAACUUAGGCUAUUCAUUCAUUUUGUUGUAACUGGGAGAGAUUUUUAAUGAAAGGAAAACAAAAAGAGAGACACUAAAUGUUAGCAUUCCAGAGAGUCUGAGAAAUAUUUGAAUUCCCCUGAAAAGAUGCCUUUGCGAUCUGGCGGGGACGUCACACUGAACAGCAGCUGAACCUUUCUUUUCGUCUUUUGGGAAAGUUUUGCAAUUCUGAAAUUUCACAAGCGGAAGAAAUCAGGAUUUUUAAACAAUCUUUUAAAAAUUAAGAUACAAGUACCACAAACUCUACGCCAUAAAAUGGACCAAGUGUCAGCAAGUGUCUGUAUGUUGCUCCUCGGUGUGACCUCUGCGAUUAACUCGGGAAUACUCCAGAGUCACAUGCCCAAUGUUUGUGCAGAGAGGGAGGUAAUGAUGAUUGGCCACAGGCAACCGUGUGUCCAGGCCUUCACUCGGAUGGCUAAAGUGUGGAAGCAAGGGUGUGGAGGACAGAAGUGGUGCGUGGGACAUGAGAGGAGAACUGCAUACUACACAGCGUACAGACAGGUUUACAGUAUGGACUUUCAGGUUGUCUACAAGUGUUGUCCUGGGUGGAUACAGCUUAACAAUGAAUCUGGAUGCCUGUACCCUGUUUGCAGUUAUGGAGUAUGCUUUAAUGGCGGCAAGUGCAUUGAGGGAAUGUCGCAGCUGUGUCACUGCCCACAGGGAUUCCAAGGACCUCGUUGCCAAUACGGCGAGCUGGAACAGCUGUCAGAUUCCCUGGGGGGCCCAAGUCUUACAUUUGUGUUCUCUAACUUUGCUUAUCCCACGGUGGAAAAACUUGUUCUGUGUCUAAAGCUGUUAAAAGCUUUCAUCGUUUUAAAGAUCUUUAUGGGGUCAUCCCCCUGUCUUCUUUUUCCAACAGAAAAGUGA